AUGUUCCCUCGCAGUGGUGGAGAGAAGGUAUACCUUGAAGACGUCUACAGAAAAUCCAAGUACCUCGCCACCAUAGUCUUCGCUGCCAAUGCUAUAUUACUUGGAUUCACUGCAAGUGGCUGUAUCGUUUUUGCUAGCAAGUGUGACCAAAUCGCAGGUCAAUGGAAUGAGCGUGGAAUUGCACUUGGAGUCAUCUUCUUCGUAACCCUUCUACAUGGAUUAACCCCAAAGACCGGCGUCUUUAUCAUGAACUUACUCUCAAUCAAAAUUGUAAUUCUGGCAUUCGUCGUGGUUACAGGCUGGGUAGUCCUCUCGGGCAAGACCCGCGUCACGGAUCCGCACUAUAAUUUCAGAAACGCGUUCGCGGAGAGCUCCAUGAGCAGUUACGAGUAUGCUACCGCCACCUUUAAAGUCCUGAACGCAUAUGCGGGAUGGUCUAACGUGAAUUACGACGUGAAUUACGACGUGAAUUACAUGAUGAACAACGUCCGUGAUCCAGUGAGGACGCUCAAGAUCGCAGGCCCGCUCGGUCUUGGUAUAUGCGCCGUUUUGUAUUUGCUUGCAAAUGUGGCUUGUUUCGCGGCUGCAACCAAGACGGAGAUCGACAAGUCUGGCGUUACUGUUGCUGCUUUGUUUUUCGGGAAUGUCUUUAGUUCUACUGCGGAGCGUGCGCUAUCAGUUUUCAUUGCUCUCAGUGCUCUUGGAAACGUUAUUACUGUGACUUUUGCUGCGUCGCGAGUAAAUCAAGAGCUCGCAAAGGAAGGGAUACCCUUACCAUUCGGGAACAAAUUCUGGGCUUCAAAUUGGCCCACAGGAAAGUCCCCACUUCCGGAAUUGAUCAUCCACUUGAUACCAUCUGUCAUUAUCAUCGUCGCUCCUCCCCCAAGUAUUGAGUUUUUUCAGAAACAGCAACUCAGGAGGUUUCCUCUCGUACAUCCAUAUGCAUACAGAACCAUUGAGCGAUCACUGGAUCACGCAUUUGAGCUGGGGACCUUGGAUUACUCACGCUGUCGGUCAUUGUAA